AUGAAUAAAGCUGAAGAAAAAGCACAUGAGAAGAAGUUAUUGGGUUUAGCAAUUGAGAAACAAGGUGAUAACAUGGUUGCUUUAUGUCCCAAGUGUUAUACAUCAUUCAACGGUUCAAUUGAUGGAGGUGAUUUUAAAAAGAUUGCACAAAAAAUGAAAGGUGUUAGUUUACGACAAAAUAAACAAUUAACACCUAAAAAUUAUUUGGAUAUAAUAAAUGAUAAAUUGAUAUUUGAUGGUCAGAAUAUUAAUUUACAACUUAAAAACGGGUCAAUGACUCGCUUAACAAUCGGUAAGACUGCAUUAACAGGAGCACACACUAAGGCUGUAUGUUGUGAAAAUGGAUGUUGUAUGCCGUUUAUUUAA